UUUCUUUCACAAUCUUCUUCGUGCUUCUAUUGCUUUAGUUUUAAAUUCCCAAAAAAAAAAAAACAGCGAACAAAGGCCUUUAUUUUAGGAUUUCUUAUUCAUUCAAUUUAACUUCAGUAGUUUGGGCCGAUGGAGCGAGCGAGCAAUGGCGGUAUGUUGUACCACGAGGUACAAGAGUCGAAGCUGUGCGCCGUCCAUUGCGUCAACACGGUGUUACAAGGACCUUUCUUCUCCGAAUUCGAUUUAGCGGCGUUAGCGUCCGAUCUCGACUCCAAAGAGCGUCAGAUGAUGCUCCAAGGUGCCGCAUCCGCCGGUGAUUUCCUCUCUGAGGAAUCCCAUAAUGUCUCCCUCGGCGGCGAUUUUAGCAUCCAGGUUUUGCAAAAGGCUUUAGAAGUCUGGGAUUCGCAAGUUAUUCCCUUUGACUGCCCUGUUGCUGAGCCUGCCCAGGUCGAUCCCGAGCUGGAAAACGCUUUCAUUUGUCAUCUGCAUGACCAUUGGUUUUGUAUCCGGAAAGUAAAUGGAGAAUGGUAUAAUUUCGACAGUCUUUAUGCCGCCCCACAGCAUUUGUCAAAGUUCUAUCUAUCAGCCUAUUUGGACUCAUUAAAAGGAUCUGGGUGGAGCAUCUUCCUGGUGAGGGGAAACUUCCCUAAAGAGUGCCCUAUUUCUUCCACCGAAGCUUCUAACGGUUAUGGACAGUGGCUGUCCCCGGAGGAUGCUGAGAGGAUAACUAAAUCGUGCAACUUAACACAAGUUCCUCCUCAAAGAAACAUGACUCAACAGCAUACUGAGCGGCUGCCUUCAUCGGCCGACGCAGAUAUGCAUCUGCUUUCAGAUAUGGAAGAUGACGACUUGAGGGCCGCAAUCGCGGCCAGUUUGAUGGAUUCUUCUCCGGCCACAGCAAGUGCUGUUGUCAGCACCCCUAAAACUGAAAACGAAGACAUCAAAGAAAAAACACCAUGAGUAAGAAAUAUUCUUUUUAAUUUAUACAUAUGUAUGAAUUGGGCAAGUGACAAUUAUUCAUGUCGGAUUUUAGAUGGUUUGAACCGUUAGCUCGAGGUUGUUGCAUUGUGAAGUGUUUACAUUCAUUACACGGUUUCAAGUCGAAAUUUAACAUUGUAAAAGGAACUUUUCUGAGAUGUGCCCUCGUAAUUUUGCUGAUAGUUUUUAGAUAUUCUCUGCUUAAUGGUUUCA